CGCGGGGCCGCGAUCAUACAUAUUCCCAAUAUUGACGUUUCGUCUGCUCGAACUGAAAGCCCAAUAGCUGACAUGAAUCAUGAACAUUAUUUAGCAAUUAAAAAGUUUAAUUCCUAAAUUAAAAUAUCUUGAAAAUGUCAUUUCUACGAGGAUCUGCUAACUAUGUAUGGUGCACAACGAGCGUGCUUGGGAAAGGGGCAACUGGAGCUGUGUUUCAAGGCGUUAACAAAAAUAAUGGAGAACCUGUUGCAGUGAAAACAUUCAAUCAAGUUAGUCUCAUGCGGCCAGUUGAUGUGCAGAUGAGGGAGUUUGAAGUUCUUCGCAAAGUGAAACAUGAGAAUAUUGUUAAACUCCUAGCUAUUGAAGAAGAGCAAGAUGGGAGAGGCAAAGUUAUCGUUAUGGAAUUAUGCACAGGAGGUAGUUUAUUUAACAUUCUUGAUGAUCCAGAAAAUACCUAUGGCCUUGCGGAAGAAGAAUUUCUUCUGGUUCUUGAGCACUUGUCUGCAGGAAUGAAACACUUGAGAGAUAAUAAUUUAGUUCAUAGAGAUCUUAAACCUGGUAACAUCAUGAAAUUCAUUGCUGAUGAUGGAAGUACCAUAUAUAAAUUAACAGAUUUUGGAGCAGCUAGAGAAUUACAAGAAGACCAACAGUUCAUGUCAUUGUAUGGAACUGAAGAAUAUCUGCAUCCGGAUAUGUAUGAAAGAGCUGUCUUAAGGAAACCUGUUGGAAAAAGUUUUGGCGCAACAGUAGAUCUUUGGUCUAUAGGUGUAACUCUAUACCAUGUAGCUACUGGUCAGUUACCAUUUCGACCAUACGGAGGACGUAGAAAUAGAGAGACUAUGUUUUAUAUUACUACUAAAAAAGCCUCUGGUGUAAUAGCAGGUGCACAAACAUCUGAAAAUGGACCAAUAGAUUGGAGUCGAGAUUUGCCAAACACUUGUAGAUUGAGUACAGGACUUAAAAAAUAUGUAACUCCAUUGUUAGCAGGAUUAUUAGAAGUAGAUCAUCAGAAAAUUUGGAGUUUUGAAAGAUUUUUUUCCAGAGUAACUGAUACUCUGUGCAGAAAACCAGCACUUAAUAUUUUUGAUGUGCAUACAGGUAGUCUAAUAAAGAUCUAUCUUCAUCCUGAAGAAGAACGUUUAGCAGCUUUUCAAGCUCAUUUACAGGAUCAAACAAACAUUCUACCAAGAUCGCAAAUAAUAUUAAAAAAUAAUACAUCACUUUUGCAUCAUAUCGAAGAAUCAACUCCGGGUAAAGGAUAUCCGGAAACUUCUCUAGAAGAACCAUUUUUCCUUUUUUCUCGUGAAAAUAAUAAUGUAAUUGUUCCUAUAGAAAAUGAAAUCCCAAAGUUUCCAACAUUUGCUAGUUUAGUAUCUGUAGAAGCUGAUGCUAGUUUAGCUAAAACUGCCUGCUCAGUUGGUCAUGAGUGCAAAAGAAGAAUAAAUAAAAUGGCUAGGUGUAGUAAAUUAUCUCAAGAUGCAGUAUUUAAUUUUGUUGAUUAUUUAAGUAAAGAACUAACAAGAGUUUUAGAAAAAUCUCGAAAAAUUAAGGAUCUUACCAAAGCAAUAGAAGAUUUAGUAAUUGCAGUUGAAAGAAGUGAAGCAAUAGCUAAACAAGUAUUUAUGGGAAUUAAAACUCAUCAAGGAUCUGGGAGUUCAACAGCACCCUCAUCUAUCAGCACUGCAGAAUUAAACUUGCCCUCAUCAGCGCAAAAUAUGACUAUGCCAUUAUUUGAAACUAAAAAUUGGAAAAAAGAACUUGAUAUAAAAAGUAAUGAAUUAUUUGUGGAAUUAGCUCCUGCGAUUUCCCAAUUACAUCAAAGGUACGUCUAUGAAAAUAGUUUGAAAGCUGAAUGGUCUAAAAGUACUCAGACUUUAUGGUGUCCAUUUGCUGGAAAAGCUAGUCAAAGAGCUUCUACUCUUGUAGAUCGUUUGAGGGAAGGUUGGCAACAUUUAUUGCGAGAUCGUGCGACGAGAAGUCUCACAUACAACGACGAACAAUUUCACGUUUUAGAACGUAUAAAAGUAACUGAAACAGGGAGACGAUUAAAAGAACUGCAUGAAAAUCAUGUAAUACCAGCCAUUACUCAUCGAUCCGAAUGCUUAGCUGAUUGGUACAAAAUGGCUCAAACUGUUUAUCUUCAAACACAAAUUCUUGACAAAGACAUAGAUAAUUACGAAAGAGCACUUGAAACUUUUUCAUUGAGAUUAUCACAAGAAAGUAAAGAACGUUAUGAUCAUAUUUGUAAAACUUUAGACUCCUGGCUACCAACUGUUAGCAAACAGUUUAAAUCUGCAAAUAAUCCACAAAAAAAUAAUGACGAAGAACAUCGCAUGAAAAAAGCUAAGGAAAACAAGUGGAAAGACAUUUGCUCCACCCAAGAACAAAUAUUGUUAUUACUCUACAAUAAUAAUGUGCUAGUGGAUGAAUUGACCAAAUGUAUUAAUGAUGAGGCAAAUAAAUGCAAUGAUAAUGAAGUGACUGCAGAACUUAGUCAUCUGCAAGUUUAAUAAUAAUUAUUUAAAAUGAUAUAAUUUAUAAAAUUAUUUAAAAUUAAAUGAUGUACUGUAUGACAAAUGCU